AUGGGCGAGGACAAGCAAGUAGGAGACGGCGAAGAGGUUGCUGUUGCAGUUCCUCUUCAGCCGGGGCAGCCUGUUGCAGCUUUCGAUGCAUCUAUUGAACCGCCUUACGGGUGGGUCGUCUGCGUCGCAAUGCAUUUAAUCAAUGGCUUCACAUGGGGAAUUAUUGCGUCAUAUGGCGUUUAUCUAUCGUACUACAUUGAUCAUGACAUAUUCCCUGGGACCUCUGACUUAGACUAUACUUUCAUUGGCGGCGUGGAAUUCGCCUGUGCCAUGCUAUGCGGACCUAUCGUCAACUUGUUUAUCCGGAGACUUGGGACGCAUAUACCUAUGUACUGCGGCUGCAUCAUGUUUGCGGGCGGCUUUGUGGCUGCCUCGUUUGCGACUGAAUUCUGGCAUCUUGUAUUGACGCAGGGUAUCCUUGUCGGGCUGGGAACAGGCUUUGCGUGGUUGCCAGCUACACCCAUCCUUCCCCAAUGGUUCAAUAGAAACAGGAGUCUGGCACAAGGCAUCGCAGCAGCAGGAAGCGGUGUCGGUGGAGUUAUAUUCUCUGCCGCGACGACACCUAUGAUCCAGAAUAUCUCACUUGCUUGGUCACUCCGGAUUACUGGCAUCCUCGCAUUUGUGGUACUGUUUACGGCGUGUUCGUUGAUCCGCGACCGAAAUAAGGCAAUCCGCCCAAGCUUCAAACCUAUAGACACGGAUCUCUUGAAAAGAUAUCGUGUCUGGUUACUUAUCUUUUACACAUUCUUCUCGAUUCUCGGCUAUAUCGUGACGACCUAUUCUCUAGGUGCCUUCGCGACAUCACUCGGAUUGACUCAGGACCAAGGCGGCGACGUAAUCACCAUCAUGAAUGUCGGGACUGCCAUUGGGCGGCCUUUCGUCGGCGUGCUUAGCGAUCGAUUCGGCAGGAUGACAGUCGCAUGCAUCUUGACAGCGUCAAACACUCUGCUAAUAUAUGCGAUCUGGAUUCCCACCAACUCUUAUGGCCUGCUCAUAUUCUUUGCUCUUGUCGUGGGCGCCACGAGUGGGAUCUACUGGGGUACCAUUGCACCCCUGUGUGCCGAGGUUGUCGAACUGAAAGAACUUCCAUCAGCACUCAGCCUAAUGUGGGUGACUGUGUCUAUGCCUUCUUUAUUCUCAGAAGCAAUUGCGUUAGAGAUUCGCCGACCUCAUUCGUCUCGGCCUUAUUUAUGGCCUGAAAUCUAUGCUGGCUUGGCCUUCCUGAUCGCUAGUCUCUUCAUGUUUGAACUCCGCCGGCAAAAAUGGGGUUUCAGCAGGGAAAGGCAUAGGUGA